AUGAUUUUAAUUUUAGAAGAAUGUGAUAAUCAUUUUUUAUCAUGCAUUCGAUAUUCAAUACUUGCUGGAGUAUCUUUAAUAAUAGCAAUAAUCUCUAUUAAUUGGUCCUUAAAUCAUUACAAAGCUACCAGAUUGAUAAGAUAUGAAAUAGCCCCUAUGAUUUGCUGUUGUUUAUAAGCAAUUGUUCAUUUAGUUCAAUAUACUAUUUAUAAUUCGAAUCGAAUGAUCAUUUCAGCUAGCUUAUUGUAAUUAACAACCUUCAUUCUUGUAUCAUAAAGCUUAGCUAAUUUGAGAUAUCGAUUCAAAUAUGCAGAAGACUGUAAUUAUUCAAUUUAAUCUAUAUAGUAGAAAAAAGAAAAAACAGAUAUUUAAGAUUACUAAUCAUCAAAGGAGCCUUCUAUCUAGUUGUAUUUUCAUUGCAGUUUUUCUUUUUCUUUGAAAUUGAUGAUUCUUCUUGCAAUAAGUAUCAAUAACAUUAUCAAAAAUAGUUAUUUUUAUUAUAGUCUCGAUUUAUUGGAAGUAUAGAUACUGAUAAUCACAAUAUUUACUUAAAUACAUGGAUAGUCAUUAAUCUACUAUAUUAGAAGAAAAGAAGAAUCACUAAAUUAGAAUCAAGAAUAAUAUUCAUAAUUUCUUGAUAGUUCUUCAAUGCCUAAAAACACAUUAACCAUGAAAUUAAAAUAGAUUAAAUUAGUUAUAUGGAUGUAGACUAUCACAAUGAUAACAUUCAUUGUACUCAUAAUAAUUAUGUAUAAUACUAACAAAGAGUUAUUUUGCUUUUAAUAAAGUAAAGAAUAAACAUAUUCUGUUUUUUAAAUAACCAUAUAAAUAUUUUUUACAGGAGUUCAACAAUUUCCUUGUUUUUAUAUUCCUUAUGCAUUUUAUUAUGCAGAAAAAACUAGAUCUAUAUCUAAAGCAACUAUUAUAGAUUUCAACAUUUAAUAAGAUGAAUCUACUGCAGAAUAACAUAAUUUCAGAGAUAGAAAAGAAAGCUCUUUUGAUGACGCUUUUGUUAAUAUGAUUCAUAGUACAAAAUAAAAUGAUUGA